AUGUUUCCUUUGAAGACACUGUUGGUUUUGGUGACCUUAUUGACCACCAGCUUGUUGUUGCAGACGGUAUCAUCCUCCCCUGUUUUCGCCACAUACCUUGAUCAGAAGACCAGACAGGAUAUCCUGACACUGGCCGACAGAAUAGCCAAACUGGCACAGUACGGAGGAAGGUUCUUGGGCGAAUACCAGAAGAGAAAUGGUGGAACACUGGAUGCCCUGUACAACAUGCCAGAUUUGGAAGAGGCUGGCAGGUAA